UGGUCCCUUCAACAGAAUAUUCAGCUGAAACUAACUGGCAGUGCAGCAGGAGCUGUGUGACAGGCAGAGUUUCAUGAUCUUCAGUCUUUUCUCAAACUUUAAUUGUUUUUCAUUUGUGUUCAUCUCAUUAAUUGCUCUGCUUCAAAAUGGCCGCUACUGGCCAAACCUGUGACAGGAAGUUCAAGUGAUGUGCCAUGUUGGACUGUCUCUGUAUUAACUCUUCCAUCAAAAUAAGUAUGUUCAAACAUUAGAAACAUCCCAAAUCUCAUAUCCACAUUUCCUUCACUUGCAUUUUUUCCAUGGGUCUUAAUCCCAUCCACAGAAGAUGCAAAGAAAAGUGCAAGGAGACAGGAAUCAAGGAAGCGUUUAGAGAAACAAGAUGUCCUUUCUUCUGAUCCUUCAGCUGAAGCAUCCAAUUAACAACUCGUUUCUUAUAAAAGGGUGUGUCAGUUCAUAAAAGGCUUCCACAAAGGAUGCUUCUGUGUAUCCUCACUCAUGAUCCCUCCAGCAGCCUUCUUGCUCCUCACCCCUUGUAGGAGCAAUAAAAGCUUUGGGUUGUCCUUCAAGAUGGUGGACCAAUAUGACUUCCAGGUUGAUCAAGAAGCAAUGAGUGAUAGAAUAAUGGAAUUGGGGUUUACCAUAAAGAGUCUUGGGUUAAGCUCAAGCUUCACUCAACUCAGAAGUCAUUCUGGUCAGUCAAAGAGUGAGGAAGGAUGAUAUAAGAGACUUGGAAUGUACCCAGUGAGAUUACCACUGCUCUCUUCUUCUGUGGUGGAAGUGUCACUACACAGGAUGCAUCUUCUUCUUCUUCCUCCUCUUCUUUUCCUUUCAUGGCCCCACCUGGUGACGUCAUCUUCACCACUUACUGAGGCCCUCUGGCAUGGUGGUGACCGUGUCUCCGCCAAUGUGUGCCAGCGCUGGGAGACACUGGACAGAGGACUGACAGUCCGCUGCAGCGGACUGAGACUGACACAGGUACCUGUUGGCCUCCCCAAUCUCACUAGUCAUCUGUUUCUGGAUAAAAACCUGCUCAGCUCUCUGCCAGCCAACUCGUUCUCUGAUCUGUUUUUGCUCAAUGAGCUCAACCUGUCACACAACCGGCUGUCAUUGUUGGAAGCCGGUUGCUUUCAUGGUUUGGUGUCCUCUCUUCGUUUCCUGGACCUUUCAUCCAAUCGGCUGUUGACACUGGACCCGGCAGCGCUCGGCGGGCUGACAGUUCAUGCCAACCUCACACACAACCCCUGGCACUGUGACUGCAAGAUGCAAGUGUCGAUGCCUCAGUUGGAACUAGAUUCUUCCUCUCUGGCUCAAGUUGUCUGCCAGACCUCUGAUCUUCCAAACCUUGGAGCUGUUGGGAUGCCACUGGUCUUACUGGUGGAGGACUGGGAUCUGUGUCUGUCUGUGAGGAGAACCACAGAUGUGGUGAUGCUGGUCACCAUGUUCCUCUGGUUCUCCAUGCUCAUGUGCUACCUGGUCUACUACAUCCGACAGAACCAGGCACACGUUCGCCGACACAUGGACUACCUCAAGUUACUGCAGAGCCAUCAGGUGUAGAAGAUGGAGCACUACUUGAAGGAGACCACAAGGUGUCAUUAUGUUCCUCAUAUUUAUCCUGGGAGAACUGGUGUCAGUAUCUGAAGUGUGAAGCAGAGUUUCACAUUUUUGGAAAUCCUCACUUUUGCAGUCUCACUCUGGAAAUCCCUGCAAGGACCCUUAAAACUUCCUCAAAGAACUGUCGAACCUCUUCAAGGUCCAUAGAACCACAUUAAGGACUUC